AAGGGAGAUAGCCAUAUAGGAGAAGAAGAAGAAGAAGUAACAACGCACGCACCUUAAGCCAGCUGCGCAGUCAAGUAAAAUACGUCGUGUAAAAACACGGUUAUGAGAUUAUUCGUGUGAUAUUCGCAAACGUUAUCUCACACAAUGAUUAUAAUUCAUAUAUCAACUUCCGUAGUGAUUUUGACAAUUGUCACCGAAAUCGUUCAGUCACAUAUUAUAGAAAAGUAUUCUUUGCUUAUGCCCAAUGUCAAACCCUACUCGCCGGAACUGUACUUGUGUACACCUGUUAAAGUGGACGUCACAAAAAGUUAUUAUAUUGUUGGUUUCCAACCAAACGCUACAUCGGAUACUGCGCAUCAUAUGCUGCUGUAUGGGUGCAAAGAACCGGGAUCAGCUAAAUCUGUUUGGAAUUGUGGAGAAAUGACUCACGCAACUGGCUCUGAAGAUGAUUCAGCAAGUCCAUGUGCUGAUGGAUCCGAGAUUUUAUACGCAUGGGCAAGGGACGCUCCAGACUUGAACCUACCUGAUGGUGUAGGUUUCAAAGUUGGUCGUGCAACACACAUCAAAUACUUGGUUCUGCAGGUUCAUUACGCUCAUAUAGACCGUUUCAAAGAUGGUAGCACCGACGAUUCAGGAGUAAUACUGCAUUAUACAUUGCAACCCUUGAAAAAAAUGGCCAGUGUAAUUUUAUUAGGUACCGCUGGUAUAAUUCCACCACAAUCGACUGAAUAUAUGGAAACUGCUUGCACUUUGAAAGAAAAUAAAACGAUUCAUCCUUUCGCCUACAGAACUCACACGCACGCGUUAGGAAAAGUAGUUUCUGGCUAUUUGGUGAAACCAAAUGGGCGUUGGAUAGAACUCGGGAAGCGCAACCCGUUGACCCCUCAAAUGUUUUACCCAGUGCAUAAUAACAUAACAGCCGAAUUAGGAGAUACAUUUGCUGCACGCUGUACAAUGGAAAGCAAUCGUAAAACUUGGACGCGUAUCGGAACCACAAAUAGUGAUGAAAUGUGUAAUUUCUAUUUAAUGGUAUAUGUAGAAAAUGACGAACCACCGCACAUGAAAUACUGUUUCACUAAUGGUCCACCCACAUACUCAUGGCAGCUUGAUGGCCUUCCAAACAUACCCUUCCGAGAUGCCUCUACUUUAGAGUUAUGAUUCAGCUUGAAACCCUGGCGGCUUGGAGUCAAACGGCGAUAGAAACUAAAUGUCCAAAGAACGCGGUCUGUUUAAUGGAAGUUACUGAGUGCUUAUAUAAAUAUUGAUAAAUUGAUCUAGCUGUCAAAUAUUAAAAAUUUCAUGUCCUUCAACGAAGGCUGAUCUCAUUUAAUCACCAUCAAUAAUGUAUAAAUUUUCAAAUGGAAAUUCAUUCAGUAAUGCUUAAAAAAUUAGGGACACUAAGAAGUUUGACAUGGUUAUUUAUUUUUAUUUCCAAUACUAUCAAUAUCUUUAUGGUUCCUUGAUUGCUUUGAUAAAUUAUUAUCCAAACUUCUGCAAAUGAAAGAUGUGAGAUCAAUAAUGAAUUUCAACGUGUGAUAAAAAAGUAGUAACUUUUAUUGGAUAACUUAUUCGUUUUGUUUCGUGUAUGAUAUAAUAUAAAAGUUAUAUUUUUUAUCGCAUUAUCCUUGAACGAUACUUGUUGGAAAUAUUUCUGUAAUAUAUUCAGAAUCAUCAACGAUGACGCAAACCGUAAUUCUGUACUUCAAUAGUUUGUUUGCUGUGAUGAAUGCGAAUAUUUUUUUUCCGUCAUUUCCCUCGGAAACACCGAUAAAUCUCUUGACCAAUUUAUUGAUGUUUUCUGGCAAAGAACGAUUCACAAAUGAGGCAAAAAAAAAUGUAAUUUAAGAAAUAAAUAUUAAUAUUGAAUAAA